AAAAACAGCACAACUCGAGCUUCUCAGGAUCGCAAGACAAUGGCUCCGCCCAUUCAGACUGUUGCUUCGACCUCCUUCUAAAGACCAGGAAGCCCUUCUCUACUGAUCAACACGAACCAUUUCCUCUUCUCUUUCAAGAAUACGAGUAACAAGCACACCCUCAACACACCUAUUUCAGCAUCACCUACUCUCACAGGCCCUCGUGUUUUAGACUUCUGAAAUCGGCCGCCCCGCAGCCUUAUCUCGCCACCAUGGAUUCCGUAAUCGAUGAGAUCGACCGCAUCAUCGGAGAGCUGGAUAGCACCACUAACAGUAUCCUGUUGAGCCGGAACGCUUUCAGCUCGGGGUCUCUGCCCACAUAUCUCGGGCCCCCGACUGCAGACGACUACAACGAAUCCAUCUCCGAGAACCAUGAGCCAGCCCUGACUCUGUCCACGACCGAUGUGUCUUCCUGGGAUUCUGGGCUACACCAGCAUGGCUCCGAUGCGACGCAGCCCAAGACCAAUUUUAAGGCCUUGAGAGCGCCACAAGUCGAUCUGCAAUACAUCGGAGAGGCACCUGAGAUCUUUGUCGAAGGACCGCCGGCACGCCCGCCUGAUCUUACUCAGGAGGCCGAUCUACCAGGUGGUACCGCCGCACGUCACGGUCAUCGGGUAUCUCGCCCCGCAAACCCGUCCGUCGAUGUAUCGCUGCCCAUGCUUUCAGCCCUCGGCGGCGCUUCGGCUGUGGGCAACACUGCCGAUAUCCCGCUCUCUGCAACCCCCAUGACGAGAGACGGAAGCAAGAGAAGCGGGCGAAUAUGUGACCGCGGGAGGAUGGCCGAGCUACUGCCGGGUGAAGGUCAACCAAGUGUCUGGCAGGCAGAUUUGGCCGAGACGAUGCUGCCCGUGGACAACUGUCCGACAAGUAAUGCGCCGAUAUACAUCAGCGUCGGCUUCGAGCCAGAUCCUGGUGACUCAUCCGAUUUGACCCUCUCCCUCCAAUCCAGUCUUGGCACGAGCUCGUUCUCACCUGCCAGCUGGAGUUUUGAGCAGUACUACCGACCGCCCUCGACGAUUUUUCCUGCCGUGCCUUUGACAACAGCAGGAAACUGGCCCGGGAUUUUACCAAGUGCUCGGUCACUGCAGGCCGCUGCGCCGUUCGGCACGCAGCCGCUGUGGAUGGGCGGCAGCUGGCCGGGUGGCUACUCCUCACCCGAACUAUACUACCGGCUCUGUCCUCACGAACUACCCUCCGCCAACGCACUUCUUGCCUGGGCCGAGAAACAGGUCAGGCAGGAGCUCGCACGGCACUCGACAUUCGAGGCCGCCAUCGGUACCUUGAUUUUUACACUGCUAGACCGCCCACUAUCGGUACCUCCUCCACCCGAGAGGGCCGGCAGGAACAAGAACAAACCCACACCGCUCUCGUCUCGGGUUCUGUUGCGCAAUGUAUGCGAUAUGAUGAGCUGGCUCCAAAUUCUGCGGGCUCAGACGCUCUACGUGCGCCAAUGGCCCAGUCUAGGACCAUACGGAAGUGCCGGAGGGGCCGCCAGCAGCUCGUACUUGAUGGAGGGUGUGCUCUCGGAGCUCAAGUGGCUGGCGGUCGCCGAGCUCGUCGCUGCCGAGAGGAGCGCGGUAGAAAACCUGGACCUUCUUCUCAACAAGGGCAUCAAGGGCGUCGAGGUACAGGUUCUGGCGUGUCUCUGGCAGAUGAUAUUAAUCUAUCGGCAGCAGAUUGCGGUCUUUACCACCUUGGCCAGUAUGCAUGCUGCCAUUCGCAUAACCGUCGAGCCCGCCCUAGCCAUCCUCUACCAGCUCCAACGUACCCUCCUCGUCAAGUACGGGGCCUGUUUCCGCUCCUCGUCGCCAUUCUACCCACGGCGCGGCCAGCCAUCCACGACGGACCGUCUUCAGGGCGACGCUCGGCUCAAGGGGGCGUGGCAAAACGUACUGACGAGUCGGCAAGACUUUGACCGAGAGAUCUCUGCGUCCAUGGCGCCCUCGGAUGUACUGCUCAAGGUACUGGUCACGGAAGUCGAAAAUGACCUAAGGCGUCGGCGUUUGCAGAAGAGGGCCCCGGCACGCAGGCCCCCGCCAGCAUCAUGAGAAGUAGUAGGUCACGUCAAGUCACGCCGCUGCGCUCGUCCUUCCUUCGCCCCCCUACUCCGCUGCCGGAGCUAGGCAACUUCUCGGUAUCCUCGCCGCGCAUGUCAUUCGCAGAUAGGGCUUUUGGGGUGUUUCACACAAGGGGCGUUCUUCAACAGUUCGCCCCCGCGUGGGAUAUCAUCGGCACUAUCUAUGAUACAUCGUUAGGGAUAUCUUACACGACCACGUCUCGGCGGCCCCCCUUUCCCCCCCCCCCCCUCUCUUCUCUUUUUCUUCGUUUUCUCCUCAUUGGUGACUAAAGUGGGUGAGUAGUAAAGGGGCGACUUCUCAUGGGGAGGCACGGCGUGCUGUAUUAUAUCUCAUUCUUGACUCUUUCAUAAUGGCUAGAAACUAGGGAAGAACAGGGUAUCGAUUAUGGAGGAAUAGGAAGCAUCUAUCUUUCCAAAAAAAAAUCUAGCCACUGAGCACGUCCUCCUCUUAUUGAUCAUGGAUUAUGCGUUCUCAUAU